AGUUUGCCAUCCCACGAAGAAGAAAUCAUAGACGAAGAAGAAGAAACACGCAGUUGGCUGAUUGUUGGCUAGCACCAAUGUUGUAAUUAGGAGUUACUUGGAAAGCGGAGAUGAACAAAAUGGCCAGACUUCAGGACGUUGACUCGUAUGAAAUUGAAGAGCCGAGCGACGAGGAAAGAGCAGCCAGCAGUUCCGAGGACGAGCUGGACGUUUUACUGAGCGGGACUCCAGAGCAGAAGAAGAAGCUGAUCAGAGAGUAUCUGACCGGGGAGAGCGAGUCCUCCAGCGGGGAUGAGUUCGAGAAAGAGAUGGAGGCUGAGCUCAGCUCCACCAUCAAGACCAUGGAAGGCACCUGGGGACAACCAAACACAGCAGCAAGAAGUGGAGAUGGCGGCUCAGCACACGCAAACCCUCCAAUGUAUGACAAGAUCUACUUUGACUCUGACUCAGAAGAAGAAGACGACCAGCCAAGUAGUUCCAGUGGACAGAGGCGUACACAACGGGUCAUUCCGACCAACGACGAUUUGCUUUAUGACCCUGACGAGGACGAGAGGGACCAGGCCUGGGUGGAUGCCAAGCGGAGACAGUAUAGCAGGAAACGACUGUCAGUGUCCUCACAUUCACGACGCUCCCAGUCCAAAAGUUUAGCAAACAGUGACGCAGUCCUCAACUGUCCUGCCUGCAUGACCACACUGUGUCUAGACUGUCAGAGACACGAGAAGUACCGCACGCAGUACCGCGCCAUGUUCGUCAUGAACUGCACAGUGAAGAAGGAGGAGGUGCUGCGCUACCAAAGCCAGAAGGAGAGGAAGCCCCACAACAGGAAGCGCAGGAAGGGAGCCGCGGAGGCCGAGACGUUGGAGCCCACUCCUGCGGGGAUGGAUGCUGAUGAGGUGUACCACCCUGUGCAGUGUUCGGAGUGUUCCACUGAGGUGGCUGUGUUGGACAAGGACGAGGUUUACCACUUCUUCAACAUCCUGUCAAGCCACUGCUGACAUCUGCUCAGACAGAACGAUCCCACUGAGGUUGCCUUGAGAGGAGCCGUAUUGCCAUAAUGGAUGAUGAUGCUGCUACAGUGGAACUUCUUCUUUUUAGUUUACAACAUUUUUUCUUGAUUUUUUAAUCUCUGAGCAUCUUUUGAAGUAGGCUUUUAUGGAUGAUUGCAAGGCAGCCGAGCGCCACCAAAUGAACUGUAAGAUUGAGACACUGAAGUGUCACUAUGUAACAUAAAGGCUUUUGUCAAAAAAGUUUUACUGUUUUAUUCUGUGCUUUAUGCUUAAGUGUACAUAAUAGUCACACAAAAACACGUGCUUUAGUAUAAUAAAACAUAA